AUGGCUUCCAAGUGCCUCAAGGCCAGCUUCUCUUCAGGGUCUCUCAGGGGCCUGGGGGGAGCUGGCGGCGGCUCUGCUCGCGUGUCCGCGAUGUACUCCAGCAGCUCUUGCAAGCUCCCCAGCCUCUCCCGCGGGGCCCGGAGUUUCUCGGCGUGCUCCGUCGGGCUGGGUAGGAGCAGCAGCAGGGCGGCUGGCUGCUUGUCUGCUCUCUGCCUCCCGGCCGGAGGCUUUACCACCAGCUACAACCUGGGUGGGGGCUGGUUUGGGGAUGGCGUCCUCACCGGCAGCGAGAAGGAGACCAUGCAGUCCCUGAAUGACCGGCUGGCCAGCUACCUGGAGAAGGUGCGCCAGCUGGAACGGGAGAACGCCAGCCUGGAGGGCCGCAUCCGGGAGUGGUGUGAGCAGCAGGUGCCCUACCUGAGCCCUGACUACCAGUCCUACUUUCGGACCAUUGAGGAGCUCCAGAAGAAGACCCUGUGCACCAAAGCAGAGAACGCCAGGCUGGUGGUGCAGAUCGACAAUGCCAAGCUGGCCGCAGAUGACUUCAGAACCAAGUAUGAGACGGAGCUGUCCAUGCGGCAGCUGGUGGAGUCAGACAUGAACGGCCUGCGCCGGAUCCUAGAUGAUCUGACCCUGUGCAAGUCUGACUUGGAGGCCCAGGUGGAGUCCCUGAAGGAGGAGCUGCUGUGCCUCAAGAAGAACCACGAGGAGGAGGUGAACUCGCUGCGCUGCCAGCUUGGUGACCGGCUCAACGUUGAGGUGGAUGCUGCCCCACCUGUUGACCUUAACCGUGUUCUGGAUGAGAUGAGGUGCCAGUAUGAGACCCUGGUGGAGAAUAACCGCCGUGAUGCUGAAGAAUGGUUCAAUACUCAGACUGAGGAGCUGAACCAGCAGGUGGUGUCCAGCUCGGAGCAGCUGCAGUCCUGCCAGGCGGAGAUCAUCGAGCUGAGACGCUCUGUCAACGCCCUGGAGAUCGAGCUGCAGGCCCAGCAGAGCAUGAGAGAUGCUCUGGAAUCCACCCUGGCAGAGACCGAGGCCCGCUACAGCUCCCAGCUGGCCCAGAUGCAGUGCCUGAUCAGUAACGUGGAAUCCCAGCUGGCCGAGAUCAGGAGUGACCUGGAGCGGCAAAACCAGGAGUACCAGGUGCUGCUGGACGUAUGGGCCCGGCUGGAGUGCGAGAUCAACACGUACCGGGGCCUUCUGGAGAGCGAGGAGGGCAAGCUGCCCUGUAACCCGUGUGCCCCUGACCACACUCCUGCCAAGUCGUGCCUCCCCUGCCUUCCCGCUGUCUCCUGCGGACCUGGGGCGGUCCGCUCCACCUGCAGCCCCCGCACCAUCUGUGUGCCCUGCCCGGGGGGCCGGUUCUGA